AGCGCCUGUCGGUAAAUGAUGUAAACACGUCUUGAUUUAUGCAAUAACUUGAAUAAAAAGGUAUCAUAUACAAUUUAACAUUUUGUUUCAAAGAAGUGAUAUAAAGGAUAGUUUUCUGCCUUGAAGAUGAGGAAUCUUCAUUUGGUGUCCAGCCUUCAUCAGAGGCUUGAAGACUGUGUGGGAGCUGAACAUCUGGCGGUGAACUUUGAUGAUGGGACUGUGUACUGUGCCACAGAGAGAGCGGUCACUGCUUUCCAACCAGCCACUGGUGAGGUGGUGUGUAGCCUAGAUUUGAGCAGUGUUGAGGAUCAGCGAGAGGAUGCAAGAAUUCUGGGAAUCCAUCAUCUGGCAGAGGACCAGAGCCUGUGCAUAGCAAUCACCCUCGGCGACAUCCUGCUGUGGAACCUGCACUCACUACAGGUGGAGUGUGUCGGCAGUGUGGAGUCCGGACUGACGGCCAUGGGCUGGAGUCCCGCCUCGGAGAUCAUCUGUGUCACCACAGGAGCAGACACGUGUAUCCUGAUGACACGGGAGUUUGAUCCCAUCACCGAGCUAUCUCUCCAACCCAACACGUCAGGGGAAGCUGAGUUUGUGCAGGUGGGUUGGGGUAAGAAGGAGACCCAGUUCCAUGGUUCGGUCGGCAAACAGGCAGCGCAAGUCCAGCCAACAGAGGUAAAGCCUGUACAGGACUGGGACGAUCGUCGCCCCAGGAUCUCAUGGCGAGCAGACGGGCUCUUCUUUGCUGUCAGCUCUAUACAUAGGCUCACAGGUGCAAGACAGGUGUGUGUAUGGACAAGAGAAGGUGUCCACCACUCCACCAGUGAGAAUGUGGACGGCAUUGAACAGGCUCUAGCAUGGAGACCCAAUGGAAGCCUUAUAGCUACUUCCCAACGGAAGCCUAACAAACAUGACAUCGCUUUCUUUGAGAAGAACGGUCUGAGACAUGGAGAGUUUACCUUGCCGUUUUCUGUAAAUCAAGUUAAGGUGUGUGAGGUGAGCUGGAACAGUAACUCCUCCAUACUUGCCGUCUGGUGUGAGGACCUGGACUCCAAACACAACACCUAUAUUCAGCUCUGGACGACUGGUAACUACCACUGGUACCUAAAGCAGAGCCUUCAUUUCGUGGGCGGUGAAGACCGGGUUGGUGCUGUAAUGUGGGACGUGGAACAAGAGUACCGGCUUCACAUUGUGAUGCGGAGCGGGGCUUACCACCGGUACACAUGGGCGUGGGACACGGACACUUCUACCGGUCGGAUGUCUGAGGAUCAGGCCAUAGUGGCAGUCAUUGAUGGAGCCUCAGUUCUGAUGACACCAACCCGCCACAUGGUGGUCCCACCCCCAAUGUCUGCCUAUCAGCUGAAACUGCCCAAGGCUGUCAAUCAUGUCGUGUUUGCCCCCCCUCCCAGAAGUAAUGAUGUGGCUGUUGUAAUGGUGGAUCAUUCAGUUGCUAUUUAUAGCUUCGAGGGUAAGCCAGCAGGUGAUGGUGUACAGAUAGAGGCUGCCGGGGGCAAGGGCUUCCAGAACUGUUGUCAGUUCCCUACACUGAGGGGCAUAGUUAGCAUUACAAACUUGCCUGACGAGCACGCGUAUCCACUGAGCCUCUCUCACUUCAAAUGGGUGGCUGAUGAUGUCAUCAUAUUCUGUGCUGUGGUCAUGGAAACCAGGCCACAUUCUCGCCUCUAUAGAGCUAAAAUUCUUCCAGAUACAAUCUGUGUUGAAUCCAGCUGCAGAGUAGAGUCAGAAGUGUUUGGUAUAGCUGUGGAUCCAGAAACCAUGUGUGUGGCCGUACAACUGGAAGAUGGGGCUCUACUGAAAUACUCUGUCGAUGAUAAUCUGCUAUUGCCAUGGGAGACAGCCAAUGGACAGGAAGUUAGCUUUCCGGUUCCCUGCACUCAAAUGGCCGUCUGCAGCAUAGGAAACGAGAUGGCUGUACUUGGUCUCACCCAGAGGUACAGGUUCUACGUCAACAAUGUAGAGGUUGCCUCCAACUGCACCUCGAUGGCGGUACACGAUGAGUUCCUGCUUCUGACCACCCUUCAGCACACUGUCCGCUGUAUCAGUCGCCACACCAGGGUCAACGCUUUGCCAAGCCUCUCCGAUGGUAAGGCCCACCCAUUUGACGAGAGUAUCCGUCGUGUGGAGCGAGGCUCGCAGAUUGUGGUUGCGGUGGGUGAGGACACGAAGCUCGUGCUGCAGAUGCCUCGGGGAAACCUGGAGACUGUGCAUCCUCGAGCCCUCGUUCUCACAGCAGUCAGGAAACACCUGGAUAAACUGCAGUUCAAUGAGGCGUUCAUGGUGAUGCGCAAGCACCGGAUCAACAUGAACCUCCUGUACGACCACAACCCUGCAGCCUUCAUUAGCAACGUGGCCAUGUUUGUAACACAGGUUGCCGUGGUGACCCACAUCAAUCUCUUCCUCACUGACCUCUUAGAGGAGGAUGUCACGGUAACAAUGUACACAGCUGCAUAUGAGAGGAACAAGUCCCUGUCAGCAGGGAGCUUGCAAGCCACUCCCAGCUCUCUGUGCAAGGUGAACACUAUCUGUGAUGCUGUGAGGAAGGCACUUAUCGGCAUUGAUGAAAACAAAUACCUUCUAUCAAUUCUGACAACAUAUGUUAGGAAGUCUAAACCAGAAUUGGAACAGGCUCUUCAACUUGUGAAAAAAUUACGAGCCUGCACCAAUGAGCUGCCGCACAUAAGCGCGGAGGAGGCGUUGAGGUACCUGCUGUUCCUGGUGGACGUCAAUGAGUUGUAUGACAUCGCCCUCGGCACCUACGACUUUGACCUUGUGCUCAUGGUGGCUGAGAAGUCACAAAAGGAUCCCAAGGAAUACAUCCCAUUCCUGAAUGAACUGCGGAGACUUGAGUCCAGCUACCGCAUGUACACCAUUGACAAGCACCUGAAACGAUAUGAGAAAGCGCUGUCACACAUCGUCAAGUGUGGUGAUGAGAGAUUUGCUGAGUGUAUGCUCCUUAUCAAUCAGCAUCAUCUGCAUGUACCUGCUCUCCAGUUGUACCCACCUCACUCGCAGCAGUAUAAGAACAUAGCCAUUGGCUACGCUGACGUCUUGUCGGGAAAGCGUCGUCAUGACGAGGCAGCCAUCUUCUAUGUGAAAGGAGAGAUCUGGGACAUGGCCUUGACCUCCUUCCUGGCCUGUCACCAAUGGCAACAGGUCUUCUGUAUGACUGCCCGUCUUGGUUACACACAGGACAGGGAGGCCGCUGUGGCGAGAAAAUUAGCAGAGGAGCUGAAGGGUCGUAACCGGCACAGCGAGGCUGCCGUGGUGUUGGAGCAGUAUGCCGGUGACCUUGAGGAGGCGAUCGUGACCUUGAUACAGGGCACACAGUGGGACGAGGCAAGCAGGCUGAUGCACAAACACAAGCGAACAGAUUUUGUGGAGACAGACUUCAAGCCUCGGCUGUUGGAGAGCGUCGAUGCGUUGCUUGGCAACUUGGAGAGCAUGAAAGAGACGUUUCUCAAACACAAUGCCAGACUAGGCGUUGUGCGUCAAGAGAAGGAACGAGCCAGGCUGACUUUUAUAGAAAGUGGGGGUGGUGGUGGGGUACAGGAGGGGGACCUGUUCUCUGACACCAGCAGUGCCACAGGGGAGAGCAUCCUGUCAUCAGCGCCGUCCAUGUCUAGCUCCGUGUAUAGCAAAAUGUCCGGUCGUUCGGUAAGGAACAGAAGGAAGGCAGAGCACAAGAAAUGGCGAUUAAAGGAAGGCAGUGAAUUUGAAGACUGUGCUCUGAUUGCAUCCCUGGCCAAGAUAGUUAAAUAUGUGGAUGGACUUAGAGACGAGGUGAGAUCUCUAGUGCGAACAUUGGUGAUGUUCCAUUAUGACAGCAAGGGGGCGGAACUUCAGAGGCAAUAUGACACCUUCCUGACAUUGAUUGACAGCUAUCUUGGGGAGAUUUGGUUGGAAGAGGACCAGGAGGCAGACGUCAAACCGGUGCUGGGUCCCACAACGACUGCCAAUUCGAUAGCCCUUUCCCUGCAGCAGGGGCAUGGUCAACAGAGUGAGUCAGAGGAGGGGACAGAGAAAACAGACCCAAUAAUAAAGUUUGCGCCAGUGCUACAAAAGGACAAAAAGUGGAAACUUUAUGCCUUGGAAACAUGAGCACUGAAGAAACAAUGAGCAUGUGUACAGACAGAGGCAGGCUUGAGAUAGCAUGAUGUGCAAUAUGUGGAAGAUGUUUACCACCUAGAGUAUCGGACACUGAAGUUGUUACAGUUGUUAUAUUGUUGCAGAGAUUUACUACUACUACCUACUACAUAAAAUAAUGUUUAACAAUAACAAUAAUUUAGUAUGCAUUCUAUGACCAAGUCAUGUUAAUAAAACAAGUGAAAUUUGGAUAAAAAGACUGUUAAUAUUGCCAAUAUGAAGGUACAUAUAUUGAUAUAUGUUUGUGACAAAUGUUUUACUGAAAUUAUGAUGUAUUAUGUACACAGUAACAGAGUAGAAAUAUUGUCUUUAAAUUUGUAAUAGUUCCCUUAAAAAAUGUCUUAGAAAUGGCUAAUGUCUUAGAAAUGGCGCAGCAAUUUUUCAGGCGGGUGGACAUGAGUUCAGCUUAGAAGCUUAGAAAGGGGAUAUUUAACCAUAACUGACCUUCAAAAACACACAAAGCUGCCUUUGUAGAAGCCUGUAAUUGGCAGUAGCUCACAUUUUGCACAACAAGCAGCAAUCUACAUGUACACUUUACUUAAAUGCCAAGUGCAAAGUCCUCAUGGUUAUCUAUUGUGAGCACCCUAUGUUCAGAAAUGUGAGCCAUGUUAACUUUUAGGUCAUUACCUCUCUAGAGGCGGCAGUUUUUAUUCAAUCUUGAUUAAAGUUGUUGGUCAGAAUUUUUUUAUUUUGACACUUUCUAAGCCGAGUUUGAAUCUUGGUCACAUGCGUCAGAAAACUAGGUCAGUAGGUGUCCAUGUCGAAUAUAAGAUAAAUCGGGUAACCACCAUUGAAGUCACAUUUACUACUCAAUUUUGAUGAAACUUGAGAAUGAUUAUCUUUUAGAUAUGUAUGCAAAGUUUUAAUAAGGGUCACAUGCAUCCAAAACAAGGUCACCUAUUCACGUCUUGGACAAUAGUUGCAACAUUAAACAGGUACCGAUUUACAGGACUGGACCAAGCUGAUAAUAUAUUUACGGUUUUAAAUAUGUGGCAAAUUGUAAUGUGGUCCAUCUUUAUUGUAGCUCAUCUUUAUAACAUCAUAAUGAUACAGAUUGCUCAAUUUGCUUGACACUGGUUAAGGAUGUAUGCUGCAGUUUUAAUGAAAAUUUUGUUAUAUCUGGAAUUUGCUAAUUUUUGUUAUUUAGCUAGAACCAUCUAUUGUGGAUAGAAAAGUAAAAUUAAAAAUCAUUGGU